AUGGCUCCUUCUUUAGUAAGAUUAUAUGAGCAAAUGCCUGAACCAAAAUAUGUCAUUGCUAUGGGAGCUUGUACUAUUACAGGAGGGAUGUUCAGUACUGAUUCUUAUAGUACUGUUCGUGGAGUCGAUAAGCUAAUUCCUGUCGAUGUCUAUUUGCCGGGCUGCCCACCUAAACCAGAGGCGGUUAUAGAUGCUAUAACGAAACUUCGUAAGAAAAUAUCUCGAGAAAUCUUUGAAGAUAGAACUGUGUCUCAACAGGAAAAUCGAUGUUUUACUACCAAUCACAAGUUUUGUGUUAGACGCAGUACUCAUACUGGAAAUUAUGAUCAAGAAUUGCUCUAUCAAUCACCAUCUACUUCAGAGAUACCUUCUGAAACAUUUUUCAAAUCCAAAAGUUCAGUAUCUCCCCAUGAAUUAGUGAAUCAGACAAGGUAA